AUGGCCGUUUUGCUUCUGGUUGGUAUCCUUGGUGGUACCAUUCGGUAUUGCAGUGAAACACGCUGCUUAAGACGUCCACAACCACCAUUUGCGUACGGUGGUAAAACGUUCAUUGGAGUUAUCCCUGUGCCUGAGGUGGAUGAAGAAAGCGGCGAUGAAAAAUGUGAGACCAAUCGAACCUAUGAUAUUAAUCAGGGUUCGAUGCAAUAUGUUUCUGCUUGUCGCAUUUGCAAUAUUUGCCUGAGGCCGCCAACAUAUUGGUUUUGCAAUCAGUGUAAGGCAGCUCACUUCGUAGAAUCUGUUCAUGAGUUGAAGGUUGUUGAUGUGCUUAAUUCAGCAAAUAACCCCCCUGAAGGUGAUUUACUUCAAGAAGGAGAAAUUCAAAUAAUUGAUCCACCACAGAAACCCGUGUCACCGCCACAAACCGCUUCAACCGAUGUGUCUGCUGACUCCUUGGAGGCUCAUCGGCUGUUGAUGGGUUCAGAAUGUGUCAAUCAAUCAGGAAAACUACCAGACUCGCCUCGCGAUGGAGUGCGUAUCUCAGUCUCUCCUGUUACCAUGACAUCUCCUUGUUUGUAUGUGCGGUCUGGAAAUUGUGUUGUUCGGGUUCGCGGAGAAAGACUUGGGGAUUCUCCUGAAACAUGCCGACCUUUUGAGGACUUACAGUCUUUGAAAGAAUCCAUUUGUUGUCACUCCAUUCAUCGUCCUAAAAGUGCCGACGUAAAACUUGUGGUGUCGAACGAUAAGUUAGCUGAGGAAUAUCGCGAAGCGCUUGCUGAUUUGGCUCGUGCCGUUGAAAGCCCAGAUCCAAAUCACUUCCGGGAACACCUAGAAGAGUUUAGAAGCCGCCUUCGUCGCGACGUUGGUCACGGAGUAAAAGUUUUACGGGGCGAGUUCCAGGGACUUCGAGCUCGUUCUGCGAGAGGAGUGGCCAACUUACGAACACAGAGUUCUGCGGCUGCACAGAAAAUGCGUGCCGGAUUUUCCCAUGGAGUCGAGCAAGUUAAAGGAGGCAUGCGCAGUGUCGCUGAACUUUGCGGUGCUUCUGGAACAAUUGGCCAAACUAUUUCAGUUGUGAGUGUAUAUGUAGAUGAAACGGACCAAGUAAAGAAAGAGCGUUUUGUGUCGGAUUUUGUUUUCUGA